UCCUCGGGGAAUCGAGCCACAAAGGAGCAUUCCUCAUGAGAAACCAUCUCUUCUGCCCCCCCUCGGCCAUGGCGAUGUGUAAGAGUGCCGCCUGGCUCCAGGAGCAGCUGGAAGCCGGUGCCCACAGUCCGCUGCUGCUGCUGCUCGACUGCCGAUCGCACGACUUCUACGAGUCCUCGCACGUCGAGGCGGCCAUCAACGUGGUGAUCCCGGGGCUGAUGCUGCGGCGGCUGAAGAAAGGUAAUCUGCCCAUCAAGUCGCUGAUCCCCAACAACGAGGAUAAGGAGAAGUUCGCGAAGCGCUGUAAGAGCGACACAGUGCUGCUGUACGACGAGGGCAGCAGCGAGCGGCAGGACAGCGGCGCGGGGUCGGUACUCGCUCUGCUGCUCCACAAACUCAGGGACGAUGGCUGCGAGGCGUAUUUUUUGGAAGGGGGCUUCAGUAAGUUUCAGAGUGAGUACCCGGAGCAUUGCCAGACGAGCCUGGAGCACAGCGCCUGCCCCAACAGUUCUCCCCCGGUGUCGGUGCUGGGGUUGGGGGGGCUCCGGAUCAGCACCGACUGCCUCUCAGACAGCGAGUCGGACGCGGACCGGGAGCUGGGCAGCGCCACCGAGCUGGAGGGCAGCCCGUUGCUUGGCUCCCAGCCCGCAUUCCCCGUCCAGAUCCUGCCCUACCUGUACCUGGGAUGUGCCAAGGACUCCACCAACCUGGACGUGUUGGGCAAAUACGGCAUCAGAUACAUCCUGAACGUCACCCCCAACCUCCCCAACAUGUUCGAGAACGACGGCGAGUUUAAAUACAAACAGAUUCCCAUCUCAGACCACUGGAGCCAGAACCUCUCGCAGUUCUUCCCUGAGGCCAUUUCAUUCAUAGACGAGGCACGCGCCAAGCACUGUGGCGUGCUGGUACACUGCCUGGCGGGGAUCAGUCGUUCGGUCACCGUCACCGUAGCCUACCUCAUGCAGAAGCUCAACCUGUCUCUCAACGACGCCUACGACUUUGUCAAGAGGAAAAAGUCCAACAUCUCCCCCAACUUCAACUUCAUGGGCCAACUGCUGGACUUCGAGAGGACUCUGGGGACGACCAGCCCGUGUGACAACAACAACAGCAGCAACGCCAACGGCAACAGCAACAGCCGGGCCAAGUCUGAGCUGCACUUCACCACCCCCACCUCACACAGCGUCUUCCAGCUCCACUCGCUGGAGUCCACAUGAAGCCUGGGGGGGGGCUCAUCGCUGCCCACCGCUUCCUCACUGACGUUUAUUUUCCGGGUGGUCUGGGCGCAGGAUGACCUGGUCUGCCUCGCUCUGGCUUGGCUGCCUGACCUCCCGGGGCAGCCUGUGACUGUCACUAGCGAAGGCCACAGAAACCGUCCGAAGAAAUGAGGCUUUAGCCUCAAGAGGCAUUAAACAGCUUCUCUUUUCAGGGGAAACAUUGGAUUUUCAGAGCACGGCUCUCUCUCUCUGUGUCUCUGUCUCACUUUAUCUCUCUCCCUCCCU